CGAUCAGUGCAUCCACGCCGCGCUGACUUCGGGGCCAUGGCACCGCGGUUCUCGUCGCGCUUCAGCGCGGUUGUCCUGUUCGCGGCGAUCUGCUGGGUGCAGAGAGCCUUCCUUUCUCCCCGCCUUGGCUAUGCAAGCCCCAGAGGCCGUGUGCAUCGCCGUGCCAGCUUCGGCAGCGCCUCGGUUGUACCGCAGAUUCGGCAAGCCUUGGAGGAGUCCGGGACCUUGAGACAAUGGUUAGAGUCUGCUGCUGCCCUGUCCCAAGCCUGCAGCCUGGAGUUGGAGGAGGCGGAAGGGAUUCUAGCCAAAAGCGCUGGAUGGUCGACUUGGCUGGCGGUGAAUCGCGCGGCAUAUCUGAAGCCGGAAGAUCCGAACGCGCAGGAAACGCUGGAAGCCUUGAAAUAUUUCAGGGAUGGACCUCUGAAACUGACCUCCGAGCAGCUGCGUGACGUGCUCCGGGCGAGUCCCAAGGCCCUGUCGAAGCCGCAGGCGGCCUACCAAGCGGCGCGGCAGACGGCGCCGGAGGAGUUCCAAUCGCCAGAGGCCUUCCGAGAACUCGUGUUGCGCUGCCCCAUGGUGCUGGAACUGAGCUUCAACUGCGGCCACAGCUGUGCUGCCGCUUGCAACCGCUGUUGGUGUCCAGCCAUGAAUCGGAUCAAGCAGACCGUGGCGGGGCGCUGAAUUUUGAUGGCUCUGGAGACUGGCAGCAAAAAGCAAGAAGGGAAUGGGGUAGGGGUCUAACGCACCCAAAAGUGG